AUGAUCCGGAGACAAGCAAGAGAGCGUAGGGAUUACCUAUACCGAAGAGCCUUGACUCUCAGAGACGCAGAGUUGGCAUCCAAGCGCGCUGCGCUCAAACAGAGUUUGGCAAGUGGGCGUCCAUUGACGAAGGAUCUUGCCGAGGACACGAACUUGCGCGCGGACUAUAAAUACGACGAAUCACGCGCGGAUCGAACAGUGGAAGAGGAGCUCGGAAUCGACGAUGAAUAUUCACAGUUGUCUGGGGUUGUAGAUCCACGCAUUCUGGUCACGACCAGCCGAGAUCCUUCCAGUAGACUGAGCACGUUCGCAAAGGAGAUACGGUUGCUGCUCCCGACGAGCAUACGGCUGAACCGUGGUAAUUUGAUAUUGGGAAACCUGGUGGGGAGCGCAAAGUCGAGCGGACUAUCGGAUGUAGUGCUUGUACAUGAGCACCGCGGUACGCCGACAGCUAUCUCGAUCUCGCAUCUUCCUCAUGGGCCAACUGCAUCUUUCUCCCUCCACAACGUCGUCCUUCGCUCGGACAUACCUAAUGCGUCGAGAGGCACGGUUUCGGAAUCAUAUCCUCACCUGAUCUUCGAAGGCUUUACAUCAAAACUUGGAGAGCGUGUUACUACGAUAAUCAAGCAUUUAUUUCCACCGCGCGACGGCUCAGUCAAGACGGGCAACAGGGUUGUGACCUUCGUAAACCGUGAGGACAGCAUCGAAGUAAGACACCACGUAUACGUUCGCACUGGGUUCCAGAGUGUCGAACUCGCAGAAGUUGGCCCCAGAAUGACGAUGCGUCUUUUCGAAAUAAGAAGCGGGACGCUGGACUCGAAAGAGGGUGACGUGGAGUGGCAUCUCAAUCAAUAUACACGGACGGGGCGGAAGAAGGAUUACUUGUGA